AUGACAAAAUCAAAUCGUAAGCUACACAGUCAAAUUUUUUCUCAAACAAGUGUAUUUUUUAAUAUAAAUGACCAAUAUGUACAUAGCUCUGGUAGGAUAAAAUAUAUUCUCCGAUGGACUUCGGAACGUACUGUACCAUUUGUGUAUAUGGGAGAAGGAAACGAUGGAUUCCUUAAAAGAAAAUGUGCAUACACAAAUUGUAUAGUAACAAACAAUAGAUCUUUAUUAGGAGAUUAUACAAAUUUCGAUAUUAUUGUUUUUAAUGGACCCGAAAUUAUUAAUUUACCGAAAGAGGAACUGCCACAAAAGAGAUCCCAACACCAGAAAUAUGUAUUUGCAUCAAUUGAAUCUUCAGAUAAUUAUCCAAUCUGUAGAGAUGAUUUUAAUAACUAUUUUAAUUGGACAUGGACAUAUAAAUUAUCCUCGGAAGUUCAAUGGGGUUACAUGACUAUAAGGGACGAGAAUAAACAAAUAGUAGGACCGAAAAUAGAUAUGAAUUGGUUGGAUUUUGAAAGAAUGAAGCCAGUAAGUGAAGAUGUAAAACUAAAACUUGGAAAUAAAACAAAAGCGGCGGCUUGGUUUGUAUCAAAUUGUUUUUCCAGAAGUAGAAGAAAUGAAUUAACGAGAGAAUUAGCAGCUGAGCUCGCUAAGUAUGAUUUGUAUAUUGAUAUAUACGGAUCGUGUGGGCCUUUAAAGUGUUCCAGAAAUGAUGAAGACGCAUGCGAUAACAUGCUUGAAAGAGACUACUUCUUUUAUUUAUCAUUUGAGAAUUCAUUAGCCGAAGACUAUGUGACAGAAAAGUUGCUGCAUCCAUUAAAACAUCUCACUGUACCAAUCGUAUAUGGCGGAGCUAAUUAUACAAGGUUCAUGCCAGAUAGCGCGUAUCUCAACGUGAGAGAAUUGGGAGUGAAGAAAUUGGCGGAAAAAAUGAAUGCACUGAUUGAAAAUUCUGAGGACUACAGAGAAUAUUUUCGAUGGACUAACCAUUACAGCUAUCAUACAAAAGCUGAAAGUAUAGAAACAGAUGAAUAUUGUAGAUUUUGUUCCAUACUCAGUGAAGAUGAUUUGGUGAAGAGGAAAUCAGUUUAUGAAAACUUUAGUAAAUGGUGGGAUCCACCUUUAAGAUGUUAA